AAAACAAACUUAAAUCUCAUCCUACAAACAGGGUUUUUGAGUUACCCCAUUAAGAUAAAUGAAAAAUUGCAAUGAUCAGAAAAUAUAGUUAAAUCGUUAAUAUUCACUUUUAUUGCAGUUUGGUUUUGGUUCACUAGGUUUUUAUUAGGAACAUUAUCCAGUUUUAUAUGAAGAACGGUUGAAGAAAUCAUCUUGUUAAAAAAUAAAUCGUACAUGGCGAGAUAUUUCGUUGUAAUAGCUGAGAAAUUGUAAUACCCUUUUACGUCCCAACAGAUUAUCUCUGACCCGAGCGCAUUUUCCCAAUUUUAUUUUUGAAAACGCGCAAAACGAUGCCGUGGGCCACUGUACACGUAAUUUAGGGUUUUCUUUUUAUUUUAAAAAAUAAUUCUAAAAAAUGGCAGAAGAAAUGUGGUGUACGAUCGAAAGUGAUCCAGGUGUAUUCACCGAAUUGAUUGCAGGUAUGGGGUGUCAAGGAGUUCAGGUUGAAGAGGUAUACAGUUUAGACGAAUCGACCUUACAAGAGUUGAGUCCCAUGUAUGGCCUGAUCUUUUUAUUCAAGUGGCAAAACAAGAAGAAUCAAGCAACCCCACCACCACCUGUUGACACCAAUGCUGAACAUGUCUUUUUUGCCAAUCAAGUGAUUAACAAUGCAUGUGCUACGCAAGCCAUUUUAUCCAUUUUAUUAAACAGAAAUGAUAUUGAAAUUGGGCAAGAGUUGAAAAACUUUAAAGAGUUUACAGCUGAUUUUCCACCUGACAUGAAAGGUUUGGCGAUCUCCAACAGUGAAUUAAUUCGUACUGUGCAUAAUAGUUUUGCCAGAUCAGACCCAUUUGUAAACGAAAUUGUGGAUCCUAAUGCUGGUAAAGAUCAAGAUGUUUAUCAUUUUAUUGCUUAUACACCUAUUCACGGAGCUCUUUACGAAUUGGAUGGGUUAAGCCGAGGCCCUAUUAAUCUGGGACCCUGUGAUGAAAAUAACUGGAUUAACCAAGCCAAUGAAGCUAUUCAACGCCGUAUGCAAGGAUAUGGAGCCUCUGAAUUACAUUUUAGUUUGAUGGCUUUGACAAAGGAUAGACUUGAAUUAUACGAAGAAGAGAUCGAAGAAUUAGACGGAUUACUUUUAUCGCUGGGUGAAGAUGCGGUAGACCAGAGAAAUGAAUUGAAUCAACAACGUAGUUUAUUGGAACACAAGCUUCAUUUAGAAAAGGAAAAAAGAGCCAGAUGGCAUAGAGAGAAUGUGUUGAGAAAACAUAAUUUUAUACCCAUCAUCUACAACCUUUUAAGAAAUCUUGCGGAAAAGGACCAGUUAGUCCCUCUUGUUGCUAAGGCUAAAGAAAAGGCUGCAGCACGACAUCAAUAAACUUUUUUUUUGUCUGUAUAA